GGGGCGUCGGGCGCACGCAAUGGCGGCGGAGCCCCCGGCUCCCGUCAGGCGGCCCGUGGCGCGGCCGAGCCGGGACGAGCCGCAGUAGCGGCGCUGAGCGCAGCGAGCGCGGAGCCGGCGAGGAGCGACACGAAACGCGCCGCUGUCUCCGGUCCGAGGCGCACCACGCUGCGUGGGCGGGGAGAGAGAGAGAGAAAGGGAGAGGGAGAGACUCACAGACAGACAGUACAGCCGGGGAGCGCGGCAGAUAAAGGCGAGAGGACAGGCAGAGAGGGAGAGGAGCGAGCGGGGAUCCGGUCAGGCGCCGAGGGAGACCCAGGACAGGCAGCGCCAGAGGCAGGGCAGGCGACGGCAGCCCGGCGGAGGAGCGGGGCGACGCCAGCGCAGCGGGGCGAGGGGAGCCGAGCCGAGCCGGCCUGAGGCGGGAGGCGGGCGGCGGCACCGCGGCCACCGCGCCCGGCCACCACCGCGCCGCGGCGGCGGAUCUCCUCCCGCGGAGGAGGGCGGAGGCGGAGGAAGAGACCAUGUCUUUCAGGAAGACAGGCACUGUACUGUAACAGCAGCGUAUCUGCAGCAAAAUAAACAAACCAGCCAACAACAACAACAAAAAAAAAAACCAAACAAACAAACAAAAAUAACCCGAGCCACCAAGACGCUGGGGGCAGAUCCCGUUUUCAGGCAAGGUUGACUAUGAUCCGUCAAACUCUCUGAAGGACCAGCAUGGAGAUUGGCACUCUGAACUGUUAAUGGGGACAUGGGACUCACAUUGUCAUUGAUCAUUUGCGUGGACUUAACCAGUGAAGAGCAACAGAAGACAUUAGAAAGACAGUGGGAAUUAUAGCAGUUUUUCAGGUCACCAAAUCUUGUUAUUUUAAUUUCUGUCUGGAAGAAUGUCUGAGCAAGGUAAAUUGAACCAGGAGACAGCAGAGGAAGCUGCGAAAGAGCAGGAGACUGCCAUCUCUGAAGCAAACCCAGACAACUGUAUCCUUAAUAAAUCUGAAAGCUCAGAAGUAGAGGAGAAGGAGGAGAAGCUGAGCGAUGCCAAGACAGAGCUGCAGGUGUUACUGCCAACAAAAAGUUGUUAUGCAAAGCCUAAGAAGAAACGAGGUGCAAAUCAGAACCAGCAGAAAAAGAGAUCCAAGUCAGGAGCUAAAGGAAAACUCGUCCGGAGUCUUGCUGUGUGUGAAGAGUCAUCCCCUCGCCCGGGAGCAGAAAAUAUUCAUGAUAAUCAGGAAUCAAUCCAACUGCAGCUUUCAAGUUUUCCUAGCUUGCAAGAAGAAGAUAAAUCUAGUAAAGAUGACUCCGAGAAAGAAAAAGAGAAGGAUAAAAAUAAAGAAAAAGAUAAAAACAGUGAAAAAAACAAGAUCAGAAUGUUAUCAAAAGAUUGCAGUCAAGAGUAUACAGACUCAACAGGCAUAGAUUUGCAUGAGUUUCUCAUUAACACAUUAAAGAAUAAUCCCAGGGACAGAAUGAUACUCUUGAAAAUGGAACAGGAAAUUAUUGAUUUUAUUAGUGACAACAAUAAUCACUAUAAAAAGUUCCCUCAGAUGUCAUCGUAUCAGAGGAUGUUAGUGCACAGAGUGGCAGCUUACUUUGGAAUGGAUCAUAAUGUGGAUCAGACUGGAAAAUCUGUAAUUAUCAACAAGACGAGCAAUACAAGAAUACCAGAGCAAAGGUUUUCUGAACAUUUAAAAGAUGAAAAAGGUGAAGAAUCCCAGAAGCGAUUUAUCUUGAAGCGAGAUAACUCUAGUAUUGAUAAAGAAGACAAUCAGCAAAACAGAAUUCUUCCAUUUAGAGAUGACAGACGAAGUAAAUCAAUUGAAGAGAGAGAAGAGGAGUAUCAGAGAGUGAGGGAGAGAAUAUUUGCACAAGAUUCAGUUUGCUCCCAGGAAAACGUUUUUGUGGAAAACAGUAGGCUGUUGGAAGACAGUAGUAUAUGCAAUGAUACCCAUAAGAAAAGACAACUGUUUAGGGGUAACAGAGACAGCACGGGGAAGGCAUCUGGCAGUCGGCAGAGCAGUACAGAGAACGAAUUGAAGUGGACAGACCACCAGAGGCCAUGGAGCAGCACAGACUCGGACAGCUCAAAUCGAAAUUUGAAGCCAGCCAUAACAAAGACAGCCAGUUUUGGUGGGAUAACUGUCCUGACAAGAGGAGAUAGCUCGUCAAGUAACAGAAGCACCGGCAAACUGUCUAAAACAGGUAGCUCAGAGUCUUCCAGCAGCGCUGGCUCCUCAGGAUCCCUGUCACGAAUACAUCAGCCUCUCCAAAGUGCAUCUCUUGUCCCCGGGGUGACAGCCAGCUCUUCAGGCAACGUGUCCUACCCUGAGAACGGGAUGAGUGGCCAGGUGGCCCCCAGCAACACCAGCUAUAUUAUUCUUCCACUUGAAGCUGCAGGGAUACCACCUGGCAGUAUCCUUCUCAACCCGCACACAGGUCAACCAUUUGUAAAUCCUGAUGGGACGCCGGCAAUAUACAAUCCUCCCAGUGGCCAGCAGACAAUGAGGAGCCAGAUGGUGGGACAGUCUCAGCAGCAGCCUUCAUCCCAGCAGCCUCAGCAGGUUCAACAGCCACAGCAGCAAAUGGCAAGUCACCUUGUCACACAGCCUGUUCAGGCAAUGCAGCCAUCUUCUCAGUCAGUCCAAUAUCCAGCAGUUUCUUAUCCUCCCCAGCAUCUCCUGCCAGUCUCUCCAACGCAGCAAUUUUCUGUGCGAGAUGACAUGACAACACAGUUUAACCAGAUGAGCUUAAGUCGUCAAUCAUCAGGAGACAACCCCGAAUCACCUUCUGGUCCUGUCUACCCAUCGCCUAUCUUGCAGCAGCCUGCCCAGCAGACGGGUUACAUCAUGGCUUCCCCAAGUCAGCAGCUUCCCCCAGGAGGCUUUACAGGUUCAGGUCCACCAGUAUCCCAGCAAGUGCUGCAGCCGCCCCCGCCGCCCCAGGGCUUUGUGCAACAACCACCGCCACCUGCUCAGAUGCCAGUGUAUUAUUACCCAUCUGGUCAGUACCCUACCUCAACAACUCAGCAGUACAGACCCAUUGCCUCAGUUCAGUACAAUGCACAGCGGAGUCAACAGAUACCACAGACUGCACAGCAAGCAGGUUACCAGCCUGUCCUGCCAAACCAGCAGCAGGGGUUCCAGGGUCUCAUGGGAAUGCAGCAGCCGCCCCAAAGCCAGAACCUGAUGAAUAAUCAACAGGGAAAUCAGGUGCAAGGCAUGAUGGUGCAGUAUCCAGCCAUGUCGUCUUAUCAGGUGCCAAUGACCCAGGGUUCUCAAGGAUUGCCGCAACAAUCAUAUCAACAACCAAUCAUGCUACCUAAUCAAUCAGGUCAAGGAACACUUACAGCCACUGGAAUGCCUGUCUACUGUAAUGUCAUACCUCCUGCCCCACAGAACAACCUACGGUUGAUUGCCCCACACUGCCCCUCCAAUAACGUUCCAGUUAUUUCUGCCAGCUGCAGGACAAACUGUGCGAGCAUUAAUAAUGCAGGGUGGCAGGUCAAGUACUGACACCGUGGCUUAGUGUGGAUAUACGAGGAUAGCGGUGCAUUAAUAACUCAUGGCCUUCAAAUGAAGAGGAACGCAACAGGAUAAUCAGUUGAGGACAUAAGAACUGACUAUGCUCAAGUGAUUUGCUGCUGGAAAAAUAUGUAAAAAAAAAUUUAAAAAUAAAAUAAAUUUUGAAAAAAAAAGUUUGCUGGUUAAUGGUGCAUAUUUUUGUCAUGUCUGCUAGGUAUGCCUUUAUAGCUUAGCUAGUGACAUGAAUUCAUUGAGGUAAGAUUUUUUCCUACCACUGAACACCACUGUGUAGAUUGUAAUAUCCCUGAUUCGGAUUAGUUUUGUACUUUGUGUUGAGUUUGUGAAGCUAAAAGUAUUUAAAAAUAUAAUAAAAUCACAUUGUACCAAAGCUGUAAUGGAAAUGAAAAAAAAAAAAAAACGAAAACAAAAAAGAAUUACUGAAUGGAAGGAAUAAUUUAUAUACACUAUAGAGUUUUUUUAUGGAUAUAUACUGUAUUGUAGUGCUUAAUCACAAUAAAGCUAUUUGACCUCAUGGAGAAAGGUCAUGUUUCUACCA